AUAGCGGAGCCUGAACAUCACUUCCGCAUGACGGAAGCGUUACUGUUACUUCUGUGUUUGUUGGGGCCUCGAGCACAAACCCAGAGCCGCAGCUCGAUGGGGACAUGAAGUCGCUCCGCUGCUUCUGCGUCUGUUCUCUGCUUCUGCUGAAAGUGUCCACGGGAUUUGGAGAUCUGAGGCGUCCUGAGAACGUCAGCAUGGACUCACUCAACACCCGUUAUGUGCUGCGGUGGGACUGGCCUCAUGAGACCGCCAUCAACCAGACCGUCACCUUCACUGCACAGUAUAUACUGGAGUAUCAGUCCCGGAAGGCCAAUUAUGAGCAGUACUGGACAUCAGUGUGUGUCAAUGUUCGGGAGCAUUACUGUGAUUUCUCUGGAGCUGAACUGCAUUACAAUGGCUUAUUUCUGCUGCGAGUGCAGGCCAACACAUCACAGCAGUCCUCCAGCUGGGUCCAGAUCAGAUUCUGUCCUGAUGAACAGGCUGCUUUAGGUCCUCCCUCCAGCGUGAAGCUGAGCCCGGUUAAAGGAGAUCUAGAGAUCAUCAUCACCGACCCUCUGAGCAGCACUAACCAGUCCAUGAAAACUUUGCUAAACGACAACAUGGGCUACCUCAUCCAGUACUGGAGACGCUCUGAAGAGCCUCAGAAGGCUAAAGUUCUGGAGACGAAGAACAAUCUGGUAAUGUUGACUGAGCUGGACAGACAGACGUGGUACUGUGUGAGAGUUCAGAGCCGUGAUGUCUUCAAUAACAAGAGCAGUGUCUUCAGCGACACACAGUGCACACACACUGAAGGUCAGAUGCCGUACUGGGAGACAUUUCUGUACGUCCUGAUCGGUCUGCUGUUGUUCUUCCUGCUGUUGUACUUCUGCUUUUACAAGAUGUUCACGCUCCUCAAGAACACCUUCUACCCAGCCAUUCAACUCCCGGAUCACAUUCAGGAGCUGUUGUUCAGUGAGUCCGAGAAGCCACAGCUGCUGUCUCCAGAGUAUCCAGUGUCUGUGUGUGUGCCGCUGGUCUUGGUCAGGACUGAGCUGGAUGCAGUGGCAGUGAAUGAGGAAUCAAACGCUGGAGAACAGGACUCCAGUACACACAGCCAACACAGCAGUGGAGACUCAGGCAUUUACUCCACAGAGGAGGACUCCAGUCACAGAUCCACCACACACACUGACCUACAGAUGAGCAGCCAAAAGCACAGAGAAAAGCUGCAUGAUGGGACGCUGCUGGAGCUCUGUGCUUGAGACAACAGGACUCUGGCUUUUUGCAGCUUCGCCUUUUCUCUCUUCCAACAUCUGUCCACUUAUUGUGUACAUUUAGCCAUAUUUGUCAUAUCUGUGUUUUAACACUCAGAUUUCUUAUGAUUCUUAUAGAAUCUUAAUUCAUUAAGUUGGCUUGAGAAAGAUUUGACAUUCAGUUUUCUUAAAAAUUAAUAUUAAAAAUCAUAAAAAACCCAUAGACUUACAUUGCAGAGUGCUCAAAUUGAGCCAGGACUACGGUGACCCAUUAGUGCACAAGCCAAAAAUUCAAAUCUAAACUCCCUGAAGCCGUAGAGUCAAUUAAAUUACUACUCUAUGUCUGUCUAUCUAUCUAUCUAUCUAUCCUAGCAGCAUGCUAAUAAUGUUAGAAACAUGCUACUCAGAUGCUAGUCAUGCUAGAAACAUGCUAGCAAAAUGCUUGCCGCAUGUUAGUCAUGCUAGAAACAUGCUAGCUACAUGUUAGUCGGAUAUUAAACAUGCUAGAAAUACACUAGCAACAUGCUAGCAACAUGUUAAUCAUGCUAGGAACAUGCUAGUCGCAUGUUAGUCAUGCUAGAAACAUGCUAGCAACAUGUUAAUCAUGUUAGAAACAUGUUAAUUAUGCUAGAAACAUGCCAGUGAAACGCUAAUCAUGCUAGAAACAUGCUAGCAACAUGUCAAUCAUGCUAGCAACAUGCUAAUCAUGCCAGAAACAUACUAGUGACAUGCUAUUCAUGUUAAAAACAUGCUAGUCGCAUGCUAAUCAUGCUAAAAACAUGCUACCGAAAUGCUAAUCAUGCUAGUAAUGUUAAUCAUGCUAGAAACAUUCUAGCGACAUGCUAAUCCAUUCUAAAACAUACUAGCAACAUGUUAAUCAUGCUAACAAAAUGCUAGUUGCAUGCUAGUCAUGCUAGCAACAUGCCAAUCAUGUUAUCAAAAUGUUAGCAACAUGCUAUUAACAUGCUUAUCAUGCUAGCAACAUGCUUCUAACUUCUAUCUCUCUAAGUAAUCUAACUAAUCUAUCAUUCUCUUUCAAACUAAUCUAUUAUUCUUUCUUUUGAACUCAUUUAUCUAUCAUUCUUUCUUUUGAACUCAUCUAUCACUAACUAAUCUAUCAUUCUAACUAAUAUCUUUCUAACUAAUCUAUCUAUUAUUCUUUCAAACUAAUCUAUCAUUCUUUCUUUUGAACUCAUUUAUCUAUCAUUCUUUCUUUUGAACUCAUCUAUCACUCUAACUAAUCCAUCAUUCUUUCAAACUAAUCUAUCUAUCAUUCUCUUUCAAACUAAUCUAUCAUUCUUUCUUUUGAACUCAUUUAUCUAUCAUUCUUUCUUUUGAACUCAUCUAUCUUUCACUAACUAAUCUAUCAUUCUAACUAAUAUCUUUCUAACUAAUCUAUUAUUCUUUCAAACUAAUCUAUCAUUCUUUCUUUUGAACUAAUAUAUCUUUCAACUAAUCUAUCAAUCUAACUUUAAAUUACUUUAAACUUUGAACUACUUUAAACUUCUAACUUUCUGGUCAGGCUUUCUCAAGCUAAUUUAAAGUUUGUCUCAACAACCUUUUUUUGUCUAGUUGUCACUUGAUGUCUUUCUUUGUUAGCUUUAACAACAGCAGGGUUUAAAAGAGAAUUAACUGUCAUUCGUUAGUUUGAUUGUUUCCUCAAUCUCCUCUGUGUAAUAUUAAAAUCACCACUAUCAUAUGUAAA